UUUCUCCAGCAAUAUCUUCAUUAUAAGGCUACUUUGGAUAUAUUCAAUUUGGCUCCAAAUAAGUUUAAUAAAAGUCUCGAUGAAUUAGUAAUAUUUAUGACUCAGAUAUAAUAAAUAAGAUUUUCCAAAUAUUUUUUACGUUUAAAAACCUAUUUGAUGAUUUCAAUAAUGGAGUCUUGUUUACAAAAUCUCAAUACAAAAAUAAAAUGUCGCGAAAUAAUUAUAAGACAAUUAUAUUCUUUGAUAGGUAUACAAGAUGAACCAAUGCCAAAUAGUAUUUUUAUAUAUGGUCAUGUUGCUACAGGAAAAUCAUUAGUUACUUUGCAUUUAUUAAAAUAUUUACAAUAUAAUUUUAGUAUUGUUAAUUGCAUUGAACAUAUAAACAACAAACAUAUAUUUGAAUAUAUCUUAAAUGAUUUAAUCCCAGAUCCAAUAUCUAGCCCAAGUCUUACUGCUAAUAUUGGAAGCCUUAAGUGUGAUAAUAUUGUUACUUUUAUAACAAAACUUCAAUUAAUUUCAAAGUACGAUAAACGUCCAAUUGUCAUCGUUCUUGAUAAGUGCAUGUACAUGAGAGAUACAGAUAAUCACCUCUUACCAGUGUUUUUAAGAUUGAAAGAAUUAUCAAAUAUUAAUGUUUGUACAAUCUUUGUAAGCAAUGUGGUAUGGGAAAAGUGUUAUACACAAAUUGGCUUAUUUGAACCAAUCAAAAUUCAUUGUGCCCAGUAUACCAGAGAAGAAAUAUUAGACAUUUUGUUGUCAUACAAACCACAAGAUUAUAGUAAUACUAUUUAUAAAAAUUACUUAAAUCUUUUUCUGUCUGUAUUUUAUAGAUUUUGUAGAGAUCUUAAAGAACUUCGUUAUAUGGCUAAAAUAAAUUUUAAUAAAUAUAUAGAACCAAUAAAAUCUGGAUUAGUAAGAGAAGAUGAUGUUUCAGGAUUAUGGCGAAACAUUUCAACUACAUUAAUAUCCAAUUUAGAAGUUAUAUAUCUUAGAGUUUCAACAGAAGAUUUUGUGCAGCAUAGUCAUGUGUCCAAAGAAAUUGAAUCUACUGCAAAAUUGGCAUUAAGUUUUGAACUACCAUUUUAUGCUAAAUAUAUUUUGAUAGCUGCUUAUUUAGCAUCAUACAAUCCUCCUAAAGAAGAUAAAGCUAUCUUUAUGAAAUUAAGCAGUAAAAAAAAAAAGAAAAUAUCUAGAAAAAAAACAAAAAAUAUACAAUCUGGUCCACAUAGUUUUCCUAUAUCUAGAUUGCUUGCUAUAUUUUGUACUAUUCUCGAUGAAAAAGUUGAUGUGAAUGCUAUUUUACUUGCUCAAAUUCCUACAAUGUAUCAACUUGGAUUAUUAGCAUCUAUUGAUAAUAAUAAUUUAGAUGAACCAAAAUUAAAAUGUUGUGUAAAUUAUAAUUUUGUAUCGAUUAUAGCAAAAACAGUAGGAAUGAAUAUAAGAGAUUAUUUGUUUGAUCCUGAGUAAUACUUAUCAUAUUGGCAUCAUAAAUUUAAUUUGUUAUAAAUAUUUGAAGACUGCUCUUUGACCUUAUAUGAUACAAUUAUAUGACUUAUAAUUUUGUAAGCAAUUACUGCAUUGUUUACUAUAUUUCUAUUGUUUCUUAAUGCAUAU